CUGUGGCAGCUUAGAAUGAUGGAUCAAGCCAGAUCAGCAUUCUCUAACUUGUUCGGCGGAGAACCAUUGUCAUACACCCGGUUUAGUCUGGCUCGGCAGGUAGAUGGCGAUAACAGUCAUGUGGAAAUGAAACUAGCUGAUGAAGAAGAAAAUGUUGACAAUAACGUGGGGAGUAAUCCUGCCAAUGUCAUGAAACAGAAAAGGUUUAAUGGCAGCAUCUGCUGUAGUGCUAUUGCUGUAAUCAUCUUUUUCUUGAUAGGAUUUAUGAUUGGCUACUUGGGCUAUUGUAAACGUGUAGAACCAAAAACUGACUGUGAGAGACUGCCAGGAACCGAGUCUUCAGUGACAGAUGAUUCAGAAACCUCUGAGACAGAUAUCUUUCCUGAAACAACUCACUUAUUUUGGGCAGACCUCAAAAAAAUUUUGUCACAGAAACUGAAUUCUGCAGAGUUCACCAGCAUCAUCAAACAGCUGAAUGAAAAUUUAUAUGUCCCUCGUGAGGCUGGCUCUCAGAAAGAUGAAAACCUUGCAUUUUUUAUUGAAAAUAAAUUUCGUGAAUUUAAAUUCAGCAAAGUUUGGCGUGACGAACAUUACGUUAAGACUCAGGUCAAAAGCAGCAAUGCUCAGAACUCAGUAAGUAUCGCAGAUGUGAAUGGUACAACCAUAUCCCUGGUGGAGGAUCCUGAGGGUUAUGUGGCAUACAGUAAGGCUACGACAGUUACUGGUAAAUUGGUCCAUGUUAACUUUGGCACUAAAACAGACUUUGAGAAUUUGAAGUCUUCUGUUGAUGGAUCUUUAGUGAUUGUCAGAGCAGGGAAAAUCACUUUUGCUGAAAAGGUUGCAAAUGCUGAAAGCUUCAAUGCAACUGGUGUCUUGAUAUAUAUGGACUAUGCUGACUUUCCCAUUGUUGAGGCAACACUUCCAGUCUUUGGACAUGCCCAUCUGGGAACAGGUGACCCUUAUACACCUGGAUUUCCUUCCUUUAAUCACACUCAGUUUCCACCAUCUCAGUCAUCGGGAUUGCCUAAUAUACCUGUACAAACAAUAUCCAGAUAUGCUGCAGAGCAGCUUUCUGAAAAUAUGGACCAAAAGUGCCCUUCUAGCUGGAAAGCACACUCUUCAUGUAAGAUGGUAUCUUUACCGGGCAGAAAUGUGAAGCUCACUGUGAACAAUGUGCUGAAAGAGACGAGAAUUUUGAACAUCUUUGGAGUUAUCAAAGGCUUUGAGGAACCAGACCGCUAUGUUAUACUUGGGGCCCAGAGAGAUGCUUGGGGUGCUGGAAGCGCAAAAUCCAGUAUAGGGACAGCCCUUCUGUUGAAACUUGGAGAGAUAUUAUCAGAUAUGGUCUUAAAAGAUGGGUUUAAACCCAGCAGAAGCAUUGUUUUUGCCAGUUGGAGUGCUGGAGAAUUUGGAGCUGUCGGUGCCACUGAAUGGCUAGAGGGAUACCUUUCAACCUUGCAUUUAAAAGCUUUCACUUUUAUUAAUCUGGACAAAGCAGUUCUUGGUACCACCAACUUCAAGGUUUCUGGUAGCCCGAUGUUGUAUUCGCUUAUUGAGAAAACAAUGCAAGAUGUGAAACAUCCAGUUACUGGGCUGCCUCUGUAUCGGGACAGCAACUGGGCCAACAAAGUUGAGAAACUUUCCAUCGAUAAUGCUGCUUUCCCUUUCCUUACAUAUUCUGGAAUUCCAGCAGUUUCUUUCUGUUUUUGUGAGGAUGAAGAUUAUCCUUAUCUGGGUACUCCAAAGGAUACCUAUGAAAUGCUGAUUCAGAGAAUUCCUCAGUUGGGCAAAAUGACAUGUGCAGCAGCGGAAGUGGCUGGUCAGCUUGUAAUCAGACUUACACUUGGCCUUGAAUUGAACCUGGACUAUGAGAGGUAUAAUGACAAAAUGCUUUCCUUUGUGAAGGAUAUGAACCAAUUCAGAACAGACAUAAAGGAAAUGGGUCUCAGUCUACAGUGGUUAUAUUCUGCUCGUGGAGACUUUUUCCGUGCUACUUCCAGGCUGACAACAGAUUUCAAGAACGCCGAGACAGCAAACAAAUAUAUCAUGAGGGAAAUGAAUAAUCGUAUCAUGAAAGUGGAGUAUCACUUCCUCUCACCCUAUGUAUCUCCGAAGGAUUCUCCUUUCCGACACAUCUUCUGGGGCACUGGCUCUCACACUCUAUCAGCAUUACGAGAGAACUUGAAACUGCGUCAGAAAAAUAGAGGUGCUUUUAAUGAAACACUGUUGAGAAACCAGUUGGCACUAGCUACUUGGACUAUUCAGGGUGCUGCAAAUGCUCUCACUGGGGACAUUUGGGAAAUUGACAAUGAGUUUUAG